UGUGUUCCCUGCUCUGACUGAAGGUUAUGUUGGCUCCCUGCACGAGAGCAGACAUGGCAGUUCGGUGCAGAUCCGGAGGCGCAAGGCUUCGGGGGAUCCUUACUGGGCGUACUCAGGUACCUACGGUCCCGAGCACUGGGUCACUUCCAGUGAGAAGUGCGGUGGGUAUCACCAGUCUCCCAUCGACAUUGUAGACCAUCAGGCACGUGUGGGAGAUGAGUAUCAAGAACUGCAGCUCGAUGGGUUUGACAAUGAAUCUUCUAACAAGACUUGGAUGAAAAAUACUGGAAAAACAGUUGCCAUCCUGCUUAAGGACGAGUACUUCGUGAGCGGCGCCGGGCUGCCAGGCAGAUUCAAGGCAGAGAAAGUGGAGUUUCACUGGGGUCAAAGCAACGGGUCGGCUGGCUCUGAGCACAGCAUCAAUGGCAAGAGGUUCCCCGUUGAGAUGAGGAUUUACUUCUACAAUCCGGAUGACUUUGACAGUUUUGGAACAGCAGUUCUAGAAAACAGGGUAGUCGGAGCCAUGGCUGUGUUUUUUCAAGUCAGCCAGAGGGACAAUUCCGCGCUGGAUCCCAUUAUCCAUGGGUUGAAGGGCGUCGUACAUCACGAGAAGGAGACCUUCCUGGAUCCCUUCGUGCUGAGAGACCUUCUGCCGACGUCCCUGGGGAGCUACUACCGCUACGCGGGCUCCCUCACCACCCCUCCCUGCAGCGAGAUCGUCGAGUGGAUCGUGUUUCGGAAGCCCGUUCCUAUCUCUUAUCGUCAGCUGGAGGCCUUCUAUUCCAUAUUUACCACUGAACAGCAAGACCAUGUCAAGUCUGUGGAGUAUUUGAGGAAUAACUUCCGACCACAGCAAAGCCUGAACAACAGGAAGGUGUCGAAAUCCGCUGUGAAGGAUGCUUGGAGCCAAGAUAUGACAGACAUGUUGGAAAACCCACUGGGAACAGAAGCUUCCAAAGCUUGCAGCACUCCUCCCGUCAACAUGAAAGUGCAGCCUGUGAACAGAACAGCGUUGCUUGUAACCUGGAACCAACCAGAAACCAUCUACCACCCUCCUAUCAUGAACUACAUGAUCUCCUACAGUUGGACUAAAAAUGAAGAUGAAAAGGAGAAGACUUUCACCAAGGACAGUGACAAGGACCUGAAGGCCAUCAUUAGCCAUGUCUCACCUGACAUCCUUUAUCUGUUCAGAGUUCAAGCAGUUUGCCGAAAUGAAAUGCGUAGUGACUUUAGCCAGACAAUGCUCUUUCAAGCUAACACUACUCGAAUUUUCGAGGGGACCAGAAUUGUGAAAACAGGAGUGCCCACGGCCUCGCCGGCCUCCUCAGCCGACAUGGCGCCCAUCAGCUCCGGUCAAGAGCAAAGCCCACACGUUGCCCCAACAGAUGGACAUCCCACGGAGGAGACUUCUGCUCCAGCAGAGCCUCAGCCCUCGCCUCUCCCCUCCACCCAAGUGCCGCCAGCCUUCACCGACGAACUUUACCCGGGCAAGAGCCCACGCAGACCAGAGCCGACAAGGAAACCUCUUCCAAAGGAGGACCGCUUUCCCCAGGAAUACCCCUCAGAUAACAAAUUCAUCACCAUCAACCCAGCUGACAAGAACAGCUCCAGCAUGGCCACAAGACCUUCUCCUGGAAAAAUGGAAUGGAUCAUCCCGCUCAUUGUGGUCUCAGCACUGACCUUCGUGUGCCUCAUUCUUCUCAUUGCUGUGCUUGUUUACUGGAGAAAGUGUUUUCAGACUGCACAUUUCUAUGUGGAAGACAGCAGCUCACCCCGUGUGGUCCCCAAUGAAAGUAUUCCCAUUAUACCUAUUCCAGAUGAUAUGGAAGCAAUUCCAGUCAAGCAGUUCGUUAAACACAUCAGCGAGCUCUAUUCCAAUAACCAGCAUGGGUUCUCAGAAGACUUUGAGGAAGUGCAGCGCUGUACGGCCGACAUGAACAUCACGGCGGAGCACUCCAACCACCCCGACAACAAGCACAAGAACAGAUACAUCAACAUCCUCGCAUAUGAUCACAGUCGGGUGAAGCUAAGGCCUUUACCAGGAAAAGAUUCAAAGCACAGUGACUACAUUAAUGCUAAUUAUGUUGAUGGUUACAACAAAGCAAAAGCCUACAUUGCUACCCAGGGUCCUUUAAAGUCUACAUUUGAAGAUUUCUGGAGGAUGAUUUGGGAACAAAAUACUGGAAUCAUUGUCAUGAUCACAAACCUUGUUGAAAAAGGAAGAAGGAAAUGCGACCAGUACUGGCCCUCCGAGAACAGCGAGGAGUACGGCAGCAUCAUCGUCACGCUGAAGAGCACAAACGUUCACGCCUGCUACACUGUGCGCCGCUUCACCGUCAGGAACACAAAGAUGAAAAAGGGUCAGAAAGGCAAUCCCAAAGGGCGGCAGAACGAGAGGACGGUUAUUCAGUACCACUACACACAGUGGCCUGACAUGGGGGUGCCAGAGUACGCGCUGCCCGUGCUCACCUUCGUGCGGAGAUCCUCGGCAGCCAGAGCGCCAGACACGGGACCAGUGGUUGUGCACUGCAGUGCUGGUGUUGGCAGGACUGGUACCUACAUUGUGAUAGACAGCAUGCUGCAACAGAUAAAAGACAAAAGCACAGUUAAUGUCCUGGGUUUCCUGAAACACAUCAGGACACAGCGCAACUACCUCGUCCAGACAGAGGAGCAGUACAUUUUUAUUCAUGAUGCCUUGUUGGAAGCCAUCCUUGGGAAGGAGACUGAAGUAUCUGCAAACCAGCUGCAUAGUUAUGUUAACAGCAUCCUCAUACCUGGCAUAGGAGGGAAGACACGACUAGAAAAACAGUUCAAGCUGGUUACACAGUGUAAUGCAAAAUAUGUAGAAUGCUUCAGUGCUCAGAAAGACUGCAACAAAGAGAAGAACAGGAACUCAUCAGUCGUGCCGUCUGAGCGUGCUAGAGUGGGCUUGGCACCACUGCCUGGAAUGAAGGGAACUGAUUACAUUAAUGCCUCUUAUAUCAUGGGCUACUACAGGAGUAACGAGUUCAUCAUAACUCAACAUCCGCUGCCACAUACAACUAAAGAUUUCUGGCGAAUGAUCUGGGAUCACAACGCACAAAUCAUCGUCAUGCUGCCGGACAACCAGAGCCUGGCAGAAGAUGAGUUUGUGUACUGGCCAAGUCGCGAGGAAUCCAUGAACUGUGAGGCCUUUACUGUGACCCUUAUCAGCAAAGACAGGCUGUGCCUCUCGAACGAAGAGCAAAUUAUCAUCCAUGACUUUAUCCUUGAAGCUACCCAGGAUGACUACGUUCUGGAAGUCCGCCACUUUCAAUGUCCUAAAUGGCCAAAUCCAGAUGCUCCCAUAAGCAGUACCUUUGAACUUAUUAACGUAAUCAAGGAAGAGGCCUUAACAAGGGAUGGCCCCACCAUAGUUCAUGACGAGUACGGAGCCGUGUCGGCAGGAACGCUGUGCGCCCUCACCACCCUGUCCCAGCAGCUGGAGAACGAGAACGCCGUCGAUGUCUUCCAGGUGGCCAAGAUGAUAAAUCUUAUGCGGCCUGGAGUCUUCACAGACAUUGAGCAGUACCAGUUUCUUUACAAGGCAAUGCUAAGCCUGGUCAGCACUAAGGAAAAUGGAAAUGGUCCCAUGACACUGGACAAAAACGGUGCUGUGAUGGCCAGUGAUGAGUCGGAUCCCGCGGAAAGCAUGGAGUCUCUUGUCUAAUUGGAAACCUGGAAAGGCACUUAAUUUGUAGAACUUCUGAAGACUGAGCGAACUUUUUUGAGGCCUUUUUUGCCAGACUCUAGGUUAUACAAUAACCCAAUUACUUUUUUACACUGAUAAAAGUUUUGAUAUUUAUUUUUUGCCAUUUUAUGUCUUAAUGGUAUCCUACUGAGCAUUUGCACCUCUGUUUAUUUCACACAGUGAAACGCAAUUUUAUCUAGUUUGCACUAUAUGAUCAGUGUUACUGCCUAUAAUAUUCUAAUACAAAACAAGCCCUGAUGUGACAUUCCAUGACAACAAACAUACGCUUUUUUGUUUUGUUUAAAUGCAGUGAAGUUUUGCUAACUACAGUGAUCCUUAAAUCUUAGUUCUUGAAUGCUAGGCCAGGUGGAUUCUUUCUAUGACAGAUACUGUAGCCCUUCAUACCAUAUUUAUUAUUUUAAUGACCGUGUCACAAUUUUAGUAACUGUAUUCUGUACUCUGGUGGGGCGGAUGAGCAAAGUUCAUCCUUUCUUCACAAAAUGUGGCAGGUGAUUUUUAGCUACAAUGAAGAUGUAACAGCCUUGUGGAGCUGGAACAAUUGUUUCUGUAUUGUUUCCAAUUACUGUUUUGUACACUCACAGGCCUAAGACUUGCUUCACUUAGAAUAUAUAAAUCACAUGCAAUAUAAAUAUAAGUUAGUUGCAAUUCAUAUGUGGGACACAUUUACAGGUUUCCAAUUUACAGCUCCAAAGUUUCCCCAGUUAUUCAGGAAAAACGUCAAGUUUAGUUUUUAAGCAGAAGGAAAUGUUUUGUUUUUAUUUUCUUCAGAGCCAAUACAGCAAGAAAUCUACUACAACCCCAAAUCAGACCUGUUUUCAGAUAUAUCGAAGGUAGCAAUAUUUUACAUUACUAAGCUAUUCAAUAUUUUAAACACAUUAAUUUCCUUAGUAUUUCUUGAAUAUGACCUCACACCUAAUGGUAUGUUACAUGAUGACAGGCGUUUCUUAAUUUCGUAACUGUUAGAUGCCAUUUUUACAGGUGUGUAAUUUUCAUACUUUAGUGCUAAAACAUAAAGUACUGAUCCAUAUUUACUGGUGAAGCAAACUAAUAAAAAAAACUACCUAUAAAGUUACAUUCUCCCUCUUUUUUUUGCCAGACUAAUUGCUUAG